AAAGCACUUCUUCCCUUUUGAAAGCCUAAAAUGGUGCCCCAUGACAAGGAUGAUGGACCUUUCCAGACUCAUGGUCUUGUUAUUCUUCUUCUUCUUCAACUUGUAUUGCUAUCAGCUGAACCUCUCAUCAUUUCUUGGGAAAUUUCAUCCAAAAAAGGGCAGCAACUUAACAUCGAUCCAAGUGGAGUUAAGAGGCCUUGGUUCCCAGAAGUUUCCAUUCGACCAUUAUAUUGUCCAGUUUGCGUACUGAAUUUGCACAAAGAGCAGAUAACAAAGGCCGAACUUUUACCUGUGUAACAUCCAUGGCUAAUAAAUCCAUGAAUAGUAUUAGCUUCAAGGCCUUGGUGGACAAAGGGAGCAACAAAGUUAUCUUCAUAGAAACUGAUAAUGAUUUUGUUGAUGUUCUCUUCAGUUUCUUGACAAUACCAAUGGGAACAAUCAUCAGACUUGCCCGUAAACAUUCAUUACCAGUGGAAACAGGUUGCAUGAACAAUUUGUAUACUAGUGUUGAAAAUAUUGAUGCACGUAUUUUCCAGACUGGAGCAUGUAAAGACAUGUUGCUGUGUCCCCGCAGUGGGGCUGAACUUCAUUGUAAGAAUCUCCAAUUGAAAAUUAACAAUGGUGAGCCCACGCGGUACUUUUUGUGCUCUGAUUGCACCUACAGAUACAGUUUCUUUAGUCAUUACAAAGAUGUUCUUUGUGAGUGUGGAAAACCCAUGGAUAAGGAGAUACCUCUUUCAGUGGGAAAGUUGAAGAAAUCCUCUUCUGCAGAUGGUGGAGUGUUUUGUAAAGGACUAACCAGAUUUAUAAUUACUGAUGAUCUAGAAGUAAUGCCACCAUCAAGUUCGGUGAUCUGUUCUUUAUUUACUAAGCUUAAAGUCAUGGAUGCUAGUACUACUGAGGAGCUGGCUUUCAAUGUACGAGUUGGUGAGGUUUUGGAAAUGCUUGUAUGCUCAUUAGUAUCAAAGAUGCCUUUGUCAGAAACUCUUCUGAAGUUUAAAUCGCAACCAAACUUGAGCAAUGAAUAUCCAAAUCAAGGAAUAUGUAUUGAACCUCAAACAGUAGGAGGCUGUAUGAAUGAGGAAGGCACCAUUUCUGUGAAGCUUAUUAUUUGCAAAUCUCAGAAGAUUGUUUGUUAUGCAGAAGCAGGGGAGGAUUUUGUCAAUUUACUUUUCAGUUUCCUGACCAUUCCACUUGGGUUUAUGAUAAGACAGAUCCACGAUAGGUCGUCCUCUUUGGAAGGAAGCAUUGAGCAGCUGUACAAGAGUGUCCAGGAUCUUGAUAAUGAAUUCUUCAAAUCAAAUUACCAGAAGGAAAUUUUACUCAAUCCGAAGCUUUACCCUGGUUUUUUCUAUGGGAACCGUCUUUUAGGAAUUGAGUAUGGCCUGGAGACCUCGAAUUAUUAUGCAAGCUACUGGAAAGAUAGUUCCUAUACUGAAGUGGUGACUACUGAUAAAGCCUUUGUUCCUUCCGGUUCUUAUAUCCCACUUAAACUCAGGUAUUGCAAGACUCAAGAUGACGCUGUAUGUGAUCAAGGAUUUUUGAAUGGACCGACGAUGUUCACAAUUACUGACAAUCUGAUCAUAAGGCCCAUAUCUCCUCUAUUUGGCCUUUCUGUUUUAAACAAAAUGAAGGUACCAUUCACUGAUAUUGAGGAGCAAAUUGUGCAGGUUGGAAAGGAGGAGGCUUCUCGCCUUUUGGUAACAUCUUUUCUUUGUGACUCUUCUCUCACGAGCGUCUUCCUUAGGCAGCCAAAGACCGAACAGUGACCAAAGCAGGUUUUUCUCCUUUCGGCAACAUCUCUUCUUUGUGACUUCCUAGGCAGCCAAAGAACAAACAAUGACCAAAGUUCAGUUAUCUAAUCUAAGAGUCGGAUGAUGCUUUUGAUAUUGGAACUCAUCAAUUGUCAUUUGCAUAAAGUACCAGUUAUAUAUACUGGAAAUCAUGUGCUUCACAAUACCAAUGACUGCGAUUGUGUCAUUGUGUACACAUGUAAGCAAGUCUUCCUUUUAUAAUGUUGUGCAGUAUUUAAAAUUUUGUGCCAGAAUACUAAGUGCAAUGUAUUUUUAAGUUUGACCUUUAAACCUACGAGAUUUGAUAAAAGGUAUCAGAGUUGAUUGUUCAACUGUGUGACUAACUGACUAAGUACAGCGCAUGACAAGUGUGGAAGUGCACAUCAACCUCAAAUGCGGAUGGGGAAGGAUGCAUAAAUGAAUAAUCUGCGGUUCAUUCUAGUUCAGUGCACGGUUUUCAUGCUGAUCGAUUUGGUUUUUCAUUUCUAUAUGUUGGCGGUUUGAACAUGCAUUUAGCUGGUUUUGAUAGAACAUUUGCUACUA